AUGAGUAGCGAAAUACUUCCCCAGAAUGGCACUGUAAUGCAGCAUGACGAAAAAGACAAUGUUCUUGUUCUUAGGAACACUGACGUCCUCGUCUCAGAUGGUCGCAUCGCUGAGAUCAGCCAGGAUAUCAACAAACCCGAACAUGCUUCUGUCAUCGACUGUAAAGGCAAGAUAAUCUCUCUAGGAUUAAUCAAUACUCAUCAUCAUAGGUCGCAAAGUCAGCUCCAGGGACUUCUUGGGGAUUGUACUAUGUUGGACUAUAUGCUUGCAGCUAACCUCCAAAGCUUCAAUUUUACUUCAAAGGACAUAUUCUGGGGCCAGCUAGCCGGAUGCCUUGAAGCUCUCGAUUCUGGAACAACUUGUGUCGUCGACAACGCCCAUACGGCUUCUCAACCUGAACAUGGCUCAGCAGCUCUGAGUGCUACUAUCGCAUCGGGUAUACGAUCUGUAUUCUGCUAUGGAGUUAUGUCACUCAGUGCAAAAGUGUGGACAGAGUCUUCCUUUGAACUUGACCGUUCUCCUCAACCUGAAUGGCUUCUGCCACAGAUCGAUACUCUUGCUGCAAAAGCACCAUUCGGAGACGACCAGCGAGUACAACUGGGCUUCUUCUUUGACUCUUACUUCCUACCAGGCAAUGUUAUAUCCGAAACUAUGAAUCAUGUCAAGAGGGCAGGAGUGAAGUUAAUUGCAAGCCACUACCGACAUUGGCCGAUCUCAAAAGGUCAAUCCAGGGUCCCAAAGCAACUAAGUGCUUGUGGAUUACUCGGGCCUGAUAUCCUUCUUACACAUGGUAAUGGAAUGACACCUGAACAAGCAUCCCUUCUCACAUCGUUCGGGACAUACAUUGUCUCUACCCCAGACGCCGAAAUAUUCAUGGCCUCAGGCGCAGACCCUGUAGCCUUCAAAGAGGACCUUCCACUGACAUGUCUUGGUGCAGACUGUCACUCCUGUGGACCUGUCAACAUGAUGCACCAAAUGCAAAUAGCUCUAGCAAGCGACCGCGCAAUGCAGAACACGAAGACGUUUUCUUCAGGACAUUACUCUAGAAAACCACGAGCCAGUAUACAGGCAGCUUUCAAUCUUGCUACGAUCAAGGCAGCUCGUGCGAUAAACAUGGACAAAGAAAUUGGGUCUAUCGCCGUCGGCAAGUUGGCCGAUCUGAUCAUCUUCGACACGUCAUCUCCUUCACUUGGCUGCGCAGCUGAGAAUGAUCCCUUGACAGCUAUUGUUCGUCAAGCUGGUGUCAGAGAAGUUGAGACAGUCAUUGUCGGUGGCAAAGUGCGAAAGCGUGAUGGGGUGUUACAGGAUGUAUACUUGGAUGAGGGUUCUCGCGAAGGUGGGUUUGACUUGCAACAAGAGGCAGCAGUUGUAGGAAACGGGUAUUCAUGGAAACAGGUAGCCGAGGAGCUAUCGUUGAGUAGAAGGGAUAUACAGGAGAGGAUUGGAAAGACUAACAGAGACAUGGCCAAGUCUAAAUUGCUCGGCAUGCUCGGAGGCUUGGAUAAUACCCUGGUGGAUUGA